UGGCCUCCCCACAGUGCUAGGAUUUCAGGCGUGAGCCACCACGCCCGGCAAAACAAUCUAUUUUUAUUGAUUAAGUUACUGGUGGUGCAAUCUAAGUGGAAAAAUCUAAGAGCCUUCAAGGCUCCGCUGCUCUGUCCUGUCUUCAGGAGAAAUGGACAAGGAAGUUUUGGCGGCUGACCUCUCCCCAGCUGCAGGGCGGCCAGGUGACCCGCGAUGCCUCAGCUGCCCCUGCAGCUGCUGCUGCUCCUGGCGCCGCUGGGUCCCCUGUCCCCGCGCGCCCUGCCCCGCGCCUCGCGCGCCCUGGACGGGGCCGGGGACGUCGCGGAGCUGCGCUUCCUCACCACGCAGCCGCUGCACCUGCUCAGCCCCGCCUUCCUUUCACUUACCAGGCCCAGCAAGAAGGUGUGGUUGGGAGAGACCAGCUCUGCGUAUGGGGGCGGGGCGCCCCUGCUCUCCAACACCUUUGCGGCUGGCUUUAUGUGGCUGGACAAACUGGGCCUGUCAGCCAGGAUGGGCAUCGAAGUGGUCAUGAGGCAGGUGUUCUUCGGAGCCGGAAACUACCAUCUGGUGGAUGAAAACUUCGAACCUCUGCCCGAUUAUUGGCUCUCUCUUCUGUUCAAGAAAUUGGUGGGCACCCGUGUGCUCAUGGCGAGUGUGAAAGGUGGGGCCGGAAGGAAACUUCGAGUCUACCUUCAUUGCACAAACAUCAACCAAAGCCCAAAGUAUAAAGAAGGAGAUUUAACUCUGUAUGCCAUCAACCUCCAUAAUGUCACCAAGCACUUGCAGUUACCUUAUUAUUUAUUUAACAAACAAGUGGAUAAAUACGUUGUAAAACCUUCGGGCCCUGAUGGAUUGCUUUCCAAAUCUGUGCAGCUCAACGGUCAGACUCUGAGGAUGGUGGAUGAUCAAACCCUGCCCACUCUGACCGAAAAAUCUCUCCGCCCUGGAAGCUCCCUGGGCUUGCCGGCUUUCUCCUAUGGAUUUUUCGUGAUAAGAAAUGCCAAAGUUGCCGCUUGCACCUGAAAAUGGGAGGCCUCCCCUAGCUCUGAGAUUGAAUUUCCCAAAUGUGUUGAUAAGAGGAAAGCAACUCAAACUAUAGGGAGCACAUACAUUAUCAUUCAACCAGUGGGAGUUUCCAGACUCUGGGACAAUUUCAGUGCUAGAUUUAGCACAGGAUGGCGGUCUCUUUAAGUAAGAGUACUGCUAAUGAUAUAGCUAAUAAUACCUCGUGCCAAACACUAUUCUGAGCACUUUGCAUGUACUAUUUUUAUCUGAGGUUAUUAGAAAUGUAUAUCAAUGCUCCCAAUAUGGCCAAGAGGCAAGAAAGUGAAGGAUAUAGUAUUAGUUUUAAGAAAGUGCUUAGUUGUUUUUAUUCUUAAAAACAGGUAUUAGAAAAUUGUUGGAUUCUUUGUUUCUUUGU